GUCAUUCCUAAUGUUUUGACAUGUGUCUAACAGAUGACUUUAUGCCAGUUUGCGUUUUUGUGAAUUUGAAAUGGAAUCUGCUUUAGAAGCUUAUCGCGGCUGUGCUGACAGCUUACAGAGGCUCCAGAAUGUGCUGGACAAUGAGGAUGCAGUUAACAGUGUCCUGGAGGAAGCUACAAACCACUUGAAGGCGAUGCGCAACUCUUGCGCUCACGGCACUGCAGUGCAAGAUGGUAUCGCACAACUCCCCGAUCUAACACGCAUAUUCGACUUCAUUCUGUUCGAAGAUGACAUCAAGCGCUUUUCGUACUUACCCUCCUUCCCGCCAUUGCAGAGAAUGUGCUGGCAAACAAUGGCGAACCUCUGUGUACAGAACGUAACAACACAAUCGAUGAUUUGGUCUCAUUUUGGGCAUAAAGUUAUCGAAGCCACCAGACAUAGCUCGAGUUACACGAAUAUACAAAUUAUGAUACUUUUUAACAUAUUUCAAUCUGGAAACAUUCAGUCGUACGAUAAGACAAUCUUCGAGGUCCUUAUAACAAAAUUGUCGGAAAAUCCAAAUGAUACUUGCGAAUUUUCGGAAAUUUUCUUAGAAUACUUCCUAACAUCGUAUCAUCGAGUUGUGUUCUUAUAUGGCACUCUCGCCGAUCAAGACCGAAUCAUGGUUUUAUAUUAUAUCGCCGAGUACGUACGCAACAGCACCCCCGAAAGACGAGUAAAUCACAGUCUCUUGACGUACAUUUCGAAGGAGCUCAAAAAGAAAUCGGAUUGUAUAUUGCGGACACAUAAUGCGUCCGAUGUGGAACACCUACGCCCCCGGGAAGUUCUAGCUCUACUUGAUGUGAUUGCCUUAGCGUCUGGAAUGGAAAUCUAUUCAGAAAUUUACUGCAAUGAUCAUUCGCUGUUUCUAAAUGUCGGUGGGUUAUUGCAGCAACUCAAAGCUAUUGGCGAGUCUUCUCAAAAUAUUUUCACUCCAAUGAAGAAGCUGGAACAAGUGGCUCCUAAUUCGAAAAUCUCCAGCGAUUUUGAGACGGAGAUUUCAUUUCGAUUGAAAACCACUUUAGUUCGAAUACUUGCAAACUUGUCGUAUAAGAACCGGAAGAACCAGGAAUAUGCGCGUGAGACUGGAAUAAUAAUGGCGAUUUUAGAUUGUACGAGUGCUGAUGGCCGCAAUCCUUUGAUAAAAGAGUGGAGUAUACUCGCCAUUAGAAACCUUUGUGAAAAAUGCCCAGAGAACCAGGAACUCAUUGCAAAUUUAUCGAAAGUUGGCGAUGCUGAGAAUGAGUUGCUAAAAGAACUGAACUUGGAACUUGGCUCACUGAGGAUACAGUAAUGAGAUUUUGUAAAGUAUCUUUAAGUUUUUUAAUUUGUAUUUGCUAUAAGUCCAUCUUUGUUCAUAAUUAUCUGCCAAAAAACGAAAUGUUGGAUUAAAAAAUGUCAUUUCCAAA